ACGGUCGGCAGCGCUCGAAGGAGGUCGGCGGUGAACGAUUCCGACGUUGGUGUGACAGUAAUGUCCACCGCGCUUGUCCGUCCCAACGUUUCGGCGAUCGUCGUUGUUUAUUGCGUGCGAUUUAACAAACAACGACACAGAUUUUUUCUGUGUUCGAUGGAGCAGUGUUCCUUGGGUAAAACGGCGGGCGUGUAUUCUUAAAUUUCGUGCACACACAAUCGUCCACGGUCAUGUGUUCUCAACAAAACGUAUACGUACACGCGAGAUUUCGUAAUGGUUGCAACGCGACCGAGAUGCGUUAACGUUCUUCCGAAUUAGGGAGCCUUUUCGUUCGCCGUGACAAUCGACGCAAUUUCUAUCGAACGAACAGCAUAUCGAAGAAAAGAAAGACACAGGCAAAAGAAACGAAACGGAGUCGACAUGAUGUCGAAAAGAGCCCCCGAGGAUUCUUUACCCACGGAGGCGAGGAUAGAGAGAAAUACGUAAACGUGGAUUACUGCGGAAAGGGUGGGUGAGAGCCGGAACUGGAGCCGGAACCGGAACCAGAACCGGAACCGAGGACCGAGUUUCGAGCUCCGAGAUGCGAUUCAACAAGCAAGAGCUGCUCACUCUGGCUACACAACCGUCGCAGAAAUUCGAGAAGGAGGGUAUAUUGUACGUGCGCGAGCGACAAGAAGGCUUCUUUCGCAGAACAGAGAGUACAGGUAAAAAAUCUGACAACAAAUUUCAAAAGGGAAAAACGCAUAAGACACUGCGAGACUUCAGUUGCGUUACCGCCAGUACGAGUAAAGUCAGCUUCGAGAGGUGGUGCAGAUUGCGAGGGAACCUAUUGUUUUAUUUCAAGUCGCGGGAGCAAUGGUCGGAACCUUUGGGAGUGAUAAUACUCGAACAAUGCUUUGUUCGAGUGGAACAAGCGAGCAACCAGGUUCCGUAUGGGUUCAGUAUAGUUUUCGAGGGAGGCCUGUUCCAAGCGUUGGGCGCAAACUCUGCCGAAGAACGCGACAGCUGGUUACAGGCUCUACAGUUGGCCAGCUACGAGUGCAUGCGAAGCCAAUUGUUGGCGCUUAGGCAACGAAUCGAAGCGUUUAGCGGGCACAAACACGACACCGACAUCCAAAUGUUACGACUGCAACGCGGGAUCUUGACCGAAAAUGGGCGAAAAUGUUCUCUGACCGUUCUCUCACGAUCAGAUCCGGCCGAAAUACCGAUGUGCGAAAUAUCGCUGACCUGCGACAACCUCCUAUGCGACGGGCACGGCCGACCGCCGAAUCCCGUGCUGGAGAUAGACGUUCAGCCGAAAGGUUCGAAAACGUGGAUCAAGUAUGCGCGAACGGAAGUUAUGGAGCGAAGCAGCAAUCCCGGUUUUCUAACGACCGUCAGCUUCCGAGCGAGCGACGGUUUGAACUCGGACACGAAAGCGAGAAUAACAGCGUACGACGUUAGGGAGAGGGUGAGUCAAACGGCCACGCCGAUAGGGAGUGUGAUCGUGACGCUGAACGCGAUUCAAGAUACUCCCAGGUUAAGGAUACCGUUGAAGUCCGCGAAAACGACCACCGUCGGCUUCCUGACUAUCAACGCGUGGAAUUUGGAAGCGGAAGACAAAGGCAACAGCACGGAGAGCACUCCGUCGAAGGAAUCCACCUGCGGGUCGAAUCAACAGGUACUCGCGCACAGGCGCUCCCAGUCUCUGCCACCUCGUCUGGGAACGAAAAUCAAACUUCCGCAUCAGGGCCAGCUGAAGCUUCUUUUCGCGAACCCAUACGUGCAAACGUACAGGUUUCACUCUGGUUUGGGUGGGGACAUCUGUGUUCACGAAAUCAUGGCCGAAAGUAAACUUUGCUUUCAGUUCCCUCAACAUUUACUUGCGAUUUGGAUUCAAGAGGAAAAGGAGUUGCUGCAAGAGGUCGCUGGAAUGGGCGAGUUGCGGGAACCUUGGCAUACCAAACAAAUUGAAUUGCUCGAUCGUCAUCUGCACCUUUUGCACCUCUAUUCGCAAGCGAAAGAAAAUUUGUCGGCCUUCAAAGGGAGUUACUUUAAACGGUCACUGCGCAGAGACGACAGGACUCUCGAGUUCGCGCCACUGAAUCUGCAUCUCCAAAGGAUGUGGGUUCAUAACGACACCUUGAACAAAUGUGGAUUUUACGAUUUGAUAACGGUUGGAGCGUUCACCGCACAUUCGCACAAAAACAAAAAUGGAGGUCUCAUAAGAUUGGUGCAAGCUCUGAAGGAAUCGCCGACGCGCAGCACUCACUUGUACCAAGGGACCUCGAAGAUUACUAUGGCACACGACGCCAUUCAGGCGAUCAAGCAGCUUCGUCGUGACGUGGUCGACGCGAUGCGCGCUUUGAUGAAACUAGCCAAGGAGAAGCAGACCAGCGGAAUGUUACCCAUUUGCGAGGAUAUGAUUACGAAAACUAGAAUUCUACUUAGCCUUUGGGAUCCUGGUUUGGUCGAGGAAGCGUUAACGUUCCUCGAGGAGUACAAAGUUGCCAAAGUUCACGAAGACGCUACCGAGGACGCGCACAACUUCCAGUUGAAGGGGCAUCAAUCUCUGUCCCCUUUCAAGCGCAUCACGCAACAAUUGAAUUUCGACUUGAAGAGUCCGGAUUUCGACGAUUUCGUCACGCCGGACACUCCGGAAUGCAUGAACGAUCUCUGGACAGAGGAGAACCAGAAGAACAAUUAUCCGUCUCUGUUUCUUUCGAAGAGCAAUCGCAUCGCUCCGAAACGAAUCGGUCAGUUCGAGGCUGAAGAAGCUUCGAUCAAAGAGAAGUUCGUAAUUUUUCCGGACGCCGAGGAAGAUACUUGCAAAGACACGGUGACGAAUGCUUGCCGCUCGCCGAUUCUCGAGCACCGUAGCGAUAAAGUUAACGACAACGACGUCCACAACGAACACGAUAGCUAUAAGUACAACGACAACGGCAGCAACGUCGCCAACGAUCACCUCGCCGUGAUCGAAGAGAACGAAUACGAGAACGCAACGUCGAACAAGAAUAUCAACAAAAGCGUGGCACCCGACGCGGUAGAGGCCACGGAGGAGAAAGAGGAAACGCGAGUCGACCUCGAUCCGUGCAAGCGGUUCUUGGAUACUCAAAAAAUGUGUAAUUCACCCUCCGCGAACUAUUACAAACCGACGGACGAGCCGGAGCCUUGGGAUUUGACGCAGUUGAACAUAGAGGCGAGCGUGAUGUGUCUGGUAUCCAAAGUGAAAUUCCUUUGCGGCCGAUGCAGCAGUCCCGCUGUUCGCUUGAGAAACAAAACUAUCGUGAGACGAGCGCACAGUUUGAAAGGAUGUCAACCGAACAAUCGAAGCCAGAGCGUAGAAGUUGUGACGAUACAGCCGAAGAACGACAUGAAGAACGACGAGUCGAGCAAGCUGCUCGAGCCCGUAGAAAAUCACGCGCUUCCACGACAACAUUCCAGUCCUGGAUUUGACAAAACUGCGCCGGCUUUCUCGAAAGCGAAGGAAGUGUGCCAAGCGGUCGAUUCGAUGACCAGAGUGAUCAAAAGCAAUUCAGGACAGAGGAACAAGUUCAUCGAGGGUCUAGACUUCGCCUCGAUCGUUGACUGGACCAGCGAGCUCAGACCGAGCAUGAAGAAGCUACGACAGGCUAUGGACGGGCUGUUGAAGACCGCGAGAUUAACACAUUCUGUGUUCAGAGUGCAAGAGGACGCGAAGAUGGCUCAGCGCGCGUGUAACGUUCGUUAUAGACGGGACGUGUGCUUCAGCCAAGCUCUGACCAGCUUGGUGUCUGGCAUUAUGGCGAAGCUCUGGUGUCAGAGACCCGAUCCGAUAUUUCUCUUAAUCUUGACCACUCUUGGCCCGUUGGUCUCGUUCGAGGGUCUUCUCAGUUAUUACGGGGACGAGAUAGACAUGUGGGGCGACAUGGCCGUUGCGGUCGAAGACAUGCACACGGUCACGUUCACGUUGACCAGAUGUGGCAUUCAAUCGAGGUCCGAAGAAAACGGCAACGUUCCGUUGGUUCAGCUACCCUUGCCGAGGGUUGUCGGUUCUCGCGCCGCAUUAACAGUGAUGCUUCCAGUGCCAGAUGCGAUUUAUUCUCUGCUACCGCUGGUCCCUUCUGCUAGACAAACCAUCUCGUUCAAUGUCACUCCGGUCUUCUUCAACGUCGGGAUCAACGAGAUGGCUUCUCUGGCGGAAAGCCUCGGGACGACCAAGCCUCAGGAGAAGAGCAAUAUGGACAACUACGAAAGGUUGAACGAAUACUACUUGCGUUUUAAAAAGCUCAAUCUGCCCACGGAGACGGCAUCGACUCGACUUGGUACGAGAUCGCCGCUCGGUCAAACGCUAACGGAGCUGAUGACCAAUUUGAAGACCAGCGUGCACGCGAAAGUGAAUAAAAAUGUAGAAAUACUGCAGCUGUCUUCCCAAAUUUGUCGGCGAAUGCGCGGACUCAGAUUUACCAGUUGUAAGAGCGCGAAGGAUCGCACCGGGAUGUCGGUCACCCUCGAGCAGGUCAAUAUUUUGACCAGCGAGUACCAUUUGGCCGAACACGAGUUCACCAGAGCUCUCGACUGCAUUCGAAGCGAAGGCUGUCGUCGGGAGAACACAUGGAAAAACAUCGGAAUUAGAAAGUACGCGUUCAACAGUUUGCAAAUUUUGACGCUUCCCAAGCUGUAUCGUCCGCCGACGGGUACCUACGGAUCAGCGCAGACAUAAGUUUCCACGAAGCGAGCCAGCUUCACGGCACGGGACGCGUCCAGGAAAACGUCUUACCGUUACUAGAUAUAUUCUAGAUUCGAUUCGUGCAAUUCGUUGAACCUAUUAAAGAGAGUGCCAUUUAAUUAACGCAAUACCACGGGGUUAGAAGAAAUUUCGUAUCUACGUAGAGGACGUUGGAUUCAUUGAAAAAAAUUGUAUUUUUAUUAUUUCUGUACAGAAAGUUUUACUCGUUAAGGUAAGGAUCAUCGACCGUCUUCUUCGCGAAGAAUCGCGACAACGAUCCCCGCGACGAUCCUCGCUCGCCGAAAACGCGACCAAUAUUGUCGCGUUCUUUUUUUUUUCGGCGCAAAGUAAACGGCGGUGGAUGAAAUGACUUAGCAUAAAAUCGGUCGAUCUUGCAUUGCAGUAUCUUUGAGAUUUCUCUUGGUCGAACGCGUCGAAGAGAACAAUCAACGUUCGAUCGAGAGCGAACUAUACCGGACUUCCAAUUUCAUACGUCGUUAUUGCAACAACGACAAUUUAUUGUACGUCACCGUACGUCGUCGUGCAAUGUUCCAAGAAAACAAAACGGUUCGAGUACUUCCCUAGAAUUUUAGAGUUUUAGAUCUUGUCAGGGAACAAGCUGUUUUCAAUAAAUUAUUGACCUUA